AUGUUUAUGACAAGAAGUGAAUAUGAUCGAGGUGUUAAUACAUUUUCACCAGAAGGUCGUCUCUUUCAAGUUGAAUAUGCCAUUGAAGCUAUUAAAUUUGCUACAGAAAAACGUAUUACAUCUGUAUUGAUUGAACCUCGUAGUAUCGAAAAAAUAGUUGAAAUCGAUGUACAGUUAAGUUGUGGUUGUGCUAUGUCAGGUUUAAUUGCUGAUGCAAAAACAUUAAUUGAUAAAGCACGUGUUGAAGCACAAAAUCAUUGGUUUACACAUAAUUAA